AUGGCGUCGGCCGCAUUGAAAGUCAUUGAUGACAUCAGCUAUUGGGACAGUGACGGUUUCCGGACAGUCAAAAAUAUCUCAGAUGACCAGCGCGAUACUCUUAACGAGUAUCUUUGUGGAAAGAUACCGCAUUGCCGCGUGUCUCGAAUCAUUACCCUUCGUUGUUAUGGAAUGCCACGGUGGUCCGCCAGACGACCCGCCUGGGUGACUUUUGCAUUUGGAGACGUAAUCGAAGUCGAGGACGAUGUCAUUGAUCAGAUUGUCUGGAUGGAAAUACCUUCCAAAAACAUCAUCCUUUAUCUUGCCAACCUCUGGCUCGCGUGUCAAGCCAUCACUUUUCUGUGGACAACACUGGUAGUUGAGCUGCCACUUAUCAGCCAAGAGCAUCAUUGGGAACAGCUACAAGAUCUCCCUGGGGAUCUCGAAGGGUCUCUCAAUGGGUGUUGUUACAUGCUGAUGUUCAACAAUGGUCCGUUACCAAACGCGGAAAUCACACGCGAGUCAGAGCUCAAACCGGAUCCCGAACAACUCUUUAGGCCCGCUAAUCACAAACUUGGGGAUCUGUUCCUUGUCGACUUUGCCGCUGGAGUGACACAAACAGUAUGCUACUUUGGUCGACGAUUCACUUUCGACUGGAAAAGGGAUGCCCCUCAUGAUUUUGAGACGAGAACCAGCCAAAGCGAAGACUCGGUCCAUGGCGUCAAGUACAUUGCUUUUGGACAAGCUGCCUUUUUGUCAAACGCACCCGAAACCGCCACGGGCUGCGCGUCCGUGCCUCUUCGAUCUCGCAACGAAUCACUCAGACAGCGCCAGCCUCCACAGUCAGCUGUACAAGAAUGCGGCAUCCUCUACAUGGCCAACGAUCAAUUGAAGAGCAGCAGCCGAAUCGACACUUUCAUCAUGUAUGCCGACUCGUAUGAUCCCAAGAUUGAUGAACAAAGCUAA